UUUCAGCAUCUACUACCACUACUGACCACUGUUAGGUGGCACAUUGAGUCUAGCUCCGUCACCAGCGGCAGCAUGUUGGACCUGGACGCUGCAGAGACACAGACUGUUUGUGAGAAGGUCUUUUGCUCCUAACCAUGGACUUCUGACUAUACAAGAAACACUGUGACUGGACAGGAUUAGUGGACCCCCGGCCAUCCUGCCAUGGAGGGGUUAAACGCAAAGAAAAGGCCAGGAUUUGGACACCUUAAAAAAGAGAGCUCUGUUUGCCACUCACUGCUGUCCCAGCAGUCCACAGCAGACUGUGGGGGUGAGGACGUCACUCAGCCCAGGAGACUGAACGGCUCCUCGGUGGAGAUGCCCAGCUACCAGAACCUGCACAGAGAGCUGCUGCUCAGCCACAAACGAGGCCUACUGCUGGAGGAGAAGCCUGAGCUGAAGAGGGUGCUGGAGCAGCGGAGGCUGGAUCUGCACCGGGAGGAGGAGCUGGCUCAGCGGCCCCCAUCUGAUCUAGAGAUGGAGCUCCGCAAGAGGCAGCAGAAGCUGCAAGAGUAUGAGCAGGAGGAGAUCAGGCGGCGGGAGGACCAGCAGAAGAUCCCAGAGUUUGUCCGUGUGCGGGACAACCUGCGACGCACACAGACAUCCGAGCAGUGAGGCCCCCAAGCUCCAAUCACCCCCUGCAGCCUCUCACCACAGUGGCCCUAUUGCAAUCCACACUAUCUUCUGAAUUACAUUAAACACACACACACAGACAAUAUGGAACCAACAGCUGACAAUGCACCUCUUAAGGGAUUAUUAACUGUGUUCUGAAAUAUCAGAAAGCAUGUAAAAACAAAAUAUGCAUGCUUUAGGAAGACAUAAUUCCUAUUAAAACUGGCUUCUUAAAACAUUUCUGCUUAUGAUAUGAGAGUGGAAGUGCAACUGUUUUUUUGACGAGACAUGAUACGAGUUUUUCCAGUGAACUUCUUACGAUAUUGGUUUACAGCAGCAUAGAAUUGUCUUUGCUACUUGUUUGUUUGUUUCUGAGAAGGGCCACAUCACUGAAGCACAAUUCCCCAUAUUGUUGUUGGGUGAUUAUUAUGGCGUUGCUGCGGAGAUAUUUUCAGAAACUCUGGUCUCCAUCAGGGGAAAUCCCAACACAUUAUUUAUCCCCCAGUGCACUAAUUUGCAUGUUUGUUUAUCUGUUUGUGUGUGCUGAUGUCUGAUUUUUGGUGUGUCUGUCGGAAAUAAAGAUAUGUAUGGUUUGCAGA